UCCAUCACCACCAGCUCUCUUCGCCCGCAACACACGCUCGCGUUCUCGCACAUCCAACUCAACCACACUCAUCGACUCUUCAGUCUUUUUUUCUCCGAUCUCACAUCUUUCAAAAUGCCUCCCAAGGCCGCCGACAAGAAGCCCGCCUCCAAGGCCCCCGCCACUGCCUCCAAGGCUCCCGAGAAGAAGGAUGCCGGCAAGAAGACCGCUGCUUCUGGUGACAAGAAGAAGCGCUCCAAGACCCGCAAGGAGACUUACUCUUCUUACAUCUACAAGGUCCUCAAGCAGGUCCACCCUGACACUGGUAUCUCCAACCGUGCCAUGUCUAUCCUCAACUCGUUCGUCAACGAUAUUUUUGAGCGCGUUGCUUCUGAGGCUUCCAAGCUGGCUGCCUACAACAAGAAGUCCACCAUCUCUUCCCGAGAGAUCCAGACCUCUGUCCGCCUGAUCCUCCCCGGUGAGCUUGCCAAGCACGCUGUCUCUGAGGGUACCAAGGCCGUCACCAAGUACUCCUCCUCGACGAAAUAA